AUGUCUAGUCAAGAAAAACAUCUGGUAAAGGAAAACGUCAAAAACACGAAUUCCGACGAUGAGUCUAGUGGAAUUGGCCAGGUGGGCCAUCUGGAAGCCUCGAAAACACCAUUUUGGAGACGCCUGCUGAGUGCUUUGGAAAUUGAACAAGACGGGCGGAACGCAAGCAUCAAGGAAACGUUUCUGUACAAUCAUGACCUAAAACCUGUGGAAAGUGACCGUCGUUUGUGGUCGUGGUUCAACUUUGUAUAUUUUUGGAUUGCAGACUGUUUCAAUAUCAACACUUGGCAGGUGGCCGCAACUGGUCUACAAUUGGGUCUCAGCUGGUGGGAAACUUGGAUUACAGUUUGGAUUGGCUACUCCGUGGUUGCCGUGUUUGUCGUUUCAGUGGCGAGAAUCGGUUCUGUCUACCAUAUUUCGUUCCCCAUCACCGCAAGAGCCUCGUUCGGUAUCUUUUUCUCGCUGUGGCCGGUUCUAAACCGUGUAGUAAUGGCCAUUGUGUGGUACUCCGUGCAAACAUGGAUUGCCCUGUCGCCAGUUUCUUUGAUGCUCAAAAGUAUUUUCGGAAAUGACCUCCCCAACCGUAUUCCAGACCACAUAGGAAGCCCUAAUGCCACCACAUAUGAGUUUAUGUGUUUCUUCAUCUUCUGGGUAUUCCAACUACCUUUCAUUUACGUUCAUCCACAUCAAAUCCGCCAUCUUUUCACCGUGAAAGCCGCUUUGGUUCCAUUUGCAGCAUUUGGUUUUUUGAUCUGGUCUUUGAAAAAAUCCCAUGGCCACAUCGCGCUAGAGUCACUAGUCGAGGGACCUCCUUUGUCUUCUAGUGAGCGUGGCUGGGCCUGGGUACAGUCGAUCUUGGCAUGUAUUGGGAAUUUUGCCACAUUAAUCGUCAAUGCGCCGGAUUUCUCUCGUUUCUCGAAGACCAAACUAUCGGCUACCUACUCCCAAGCCUUUUCCAUUCCAUUCUUCUUCUCCAUCACCUCUUUGAUAGGUGUUAUUGUCACUUCUUCCGCUUAUAAGGUGUACCAGGUCAAUUAUUGGUCACCAGUGGACGUGUUAGGCAGAUUCUUGGGCGAUGGAUUCACCAAAGGCGAACGCGCGGGCGUGUUUCUAAUCUCCUUUGUUUUCGCCAUUUCCCAGCUAGGAACUAACAUCAGCGCCAACUCUUUGUCUGCCGGUACAGACAUGACAGCGUUGUUGCCCAAAUUUAUUAGCAUCAGACGUGGUGGUUUUAUUUGCGCUGCUUUGGCUCUUUGCAUAUGUCCUUGGAACCUUUUGUCAAGUUCCAGCAAAUUCACGAUGGCGCUGAGCGCUUACUCCAUAUUUUUGAGUUGUAUCGCCGCCGUUAUGGUGGCAGAUUACUACGUGGUGCGCAGAGGAAAGCUAGAGUUGCAGCAUUUGUACUGUGCCGACAAAAACAUCUCUCAAUACAUGUACGGCAAUAGAUUUGGGAUUAACUGGAGAGCUCUGGUUGCAUAUUUGGCCGGUAUUGUGCCCAAUAUGCCCGGAUUUGUGGGUGCCGUUGGCAACAACAUUCAUGUACCCAUGGGUGCGAUCAAAUUGUACUAUCUCAACUAUCUGGUUGGAUUUUUUGUUUCUUUCCUGAUCUAUGUGGCUCUGAACUACUUUUUCCCUGUUCCUGGUGCUCCAGUGGCCAAUAUCCUUGGCAAGAGCGAAUGGAUGGAGAGCUUCCAAGAUGUGGAGUUUUUCCGCGAAGAAAGAGACACUUUCCACGCUGAAAAUGGUCUACAUGCUAUUUCCUCGAGAAUCGGGGAAGACGAAGAGGACCCUGCCCUUGCCUUUACUAUUCGGAGCCGGUCGCCUGAAAUUCCAAAGCAGACCAGAGGAGAACACAAACCCACUGGAGCAACGUAUACAAAUUGGAAAGGAUCCAGUGGUACGACCACAAACUCUAAUGAAUCUUCCCGGUAG